ACACCGUACCAUUGGAUAUAGCCAUACACAUAAAGAUAAAAUGAAGUGUUUGGGACAUAAGGGACACUAUGACGAACUGCCGUCAACAGAAGCGGGAUCAGACCGCUAUUCUGUUGGCAGUACCCAAACAAGGGAUACACAGCCCAGCUUUAGAUAUCCUUGCCAAUUAGCCGAAUUGAGGUCACAUAUAGCCGCAAAACUAAAUGUUAUACACAGAAGGACGGGGAAUAUAGCCCGGUUAGCACGAAAUAAGAUCUUGAUAGACAGAGCUACCAUGGCAAAUAUACUGCAACUAGAUAUCGCACAACAUGACAUAAGAGCGUUGGAAAUAUCCUUUAUGAUAGUGAACAUGGUCAGUGAAAUGAAUGAGAACUUGGAUGGUAUAACCGAUAGGCAUUGUGAUGUCGCAAUUGAAACCAUGGCAGUAACGUCAGACACUGAUCUAUGUUAUACACAACUGGACCAAGUAGUAAUGGAAAUACUUACUAUAUGCGCUAUUUGGGGAGUAGAGUGCAGUACUGGUACCAAUAUAUCCAGGAUAUGCUACCAGCUGUUGAACAACAUAGCCGCUGUAAAAAUUAACGAAUACCUGGGAUUGUAUACCAAGCGGUGGUUGAAAGACGUUGCAACGGCAACACCUGAUGAACAAGUCCACAGGUUAACGCUGCUUCGUGAAUGCCUUAAGGCAAGACUCCUGAACGAUGAUGAGCGUAAAGUACUAACAGCACAAUGUCUAUGGAUAACGCAAUACACCAAUAGCAUUUAUCUGGAUGAAAUUAUCGCAGCCUUACUGGCAGAUCUGUGGGAAUACGGACUCUAUCGCAUUGAGGAAGUAGAUCUCAAAUCUAGAACCAGGCUUUUAUCAAACAUCGUCUCAAAGGGACGCUCGCUUGACUCGUUGUUGCCAAUGCUGACCCAAUAUGCAACAAGUGAUAUACUGGCCGAUAGAAAGAUGGCAAUUGCCGCUAUCUACAAAUGCGCCGAUAGCAUGCCACAUCGCAAAGAGAUUCUACGUUACAUAUCAACAUGCCUGGAACGAAUUGACAUGGAUGCAUCCAUACACCACCACGAGCUACUAGUCCUGAAAGCUGCAGUUUUGCCACAUGUCGAUGCGUGCACGAAGUAUAUACACAAGCUUGUUACGCUAAUAGAAAACUUGUUAUCGCUACCACCCAUGUCGAUACUGGAGCUUGCACUAUCCAAGGAAACGGAUAAGCUAAGUACCCUGGCAACACAGGAAUACUUCGCAUUGCGUAAUAUUCUACAGGCAGCGAUUGCCACCAUACACAGGGCUAGUGCCUUAAACUGCUGGAUAGAUAUGGAACGUAAUGACCUCAUGCUAUGUACGUACCUCCCAGUACUCUGCCCGGACCUAGGACCAUACUCAAUGGCACUCGUUGACGAGUUGUUGGACCUAGAUAUAUCCCGCCCAGGGCCGGAUGUAAAUAGUGAUGCUUACAAACCCGUUGUAUACGAGACUACGAAAACAUGGAUACAAAUAGUGGAUCAAUGCAGUGGUACUAACCCAGACGAUGUAAUGAAACAAGUGUGCUUCAAAAUAUCAAGCAAGGUUAUAUCCCAUAUGCUAAGAACAGGAUGUCACAAUACAGGGCAAUCCGCAGACAUUCUCACUGGCCUUUUGAAACUCAUCAAUAAAGUGACGGCUCCCAUUGGAGUCGGUCCAUCAUAUGUAGAUAUAUCGGAAACAUUGGCUUGGAUAGCUACGUGGCUAUCAGUGGCACCAAGCAAGGAUGUGCCUCAAGGCUCCGAGGCCAUAGUGGCAAAGUGUAUCAAGAGAUUAGUUAAAGUAACGUUCCCUGGAGUACAUAAAACUAGGGACUCCCAUCCUUUGGCGGAGCCAUCAACUGAACAUAUACGGCACAACUGCGUUGCAGGGUUCGAGCUUCUGCUAAGGACUCCUUGGAGUCCUAGCAUAGAUUCAGUAUUCCUAUGGCUUAGCAUGAUAUGGGAUAACACAGUAGCGCAAACUGUGUUCAAUGCACUAACAAGGAAGUUAGAAUCACAGAGAACCACGAAGCAGUUGCUACACAGUUUGGUCAUGUUUGCUACAAACGCCAAGAUACACACUGAAUGGAAUAUGGACACACUGGAAGCUAUGCACCAGAUGAUAUAUGCCGUUUUAAAACGAUGGGAAAAGGAGGCGUAUGGAUGGAGAAUAACGUGGAUAAACCAUAAGCCUGUUUUAUACACACCUGGACUACGGUCCCAGAAAAGAAGGUUGGACACCCAUAUACCAACCUUCCUGGGACAAUUGAUGAAACAAAUUGAAUUUGAAGCUACUAGGAUAUCAGAGGCAUUGCGUACACCAAUGGAACUGUUGGACGGAGAUAUGAAAGUACCAGAAAGUAUACGAAAACCGUUGAUAGACGACUGCCCAGGAGAAUGAAAGCGCCGGUGUCAAGAGAAACGUUGGCACAAGUGCCUUGGGCUGGUGU